ACUUCCACUAUUAAUUUCUCCUAAAUACUUUUAUUCUUAUCCUUGUUUCAUUUAAGUUUUAAGGCACAAUUAUUAGCUUAUAUCCAACAAUUUCAUAUAUGCAGGAACUCUUUAAUGGACGUCAUAGAACUAGUCGUGGAUAUUGGGAAGGAUGUUGUACCUACAGUUAAGAGAUAUUUCAAGUAUCAGAUACGUCACAAUGAUUAUGUCAAUGAAUUCAAAGAUAUGCAGACACAGCUGGAGCACCGACGGCAAGACGUUGCAGAAGAACUGCGUGCUCAACUUAGGCAGCCUGGGAAGAUUGCAAAGAAGGAAGUUGAAGCUUGGCUAGAGAAAGCAGCCCAAGAAACUGCAGAAAAAGUGGUUGAAGAUCAAAUCUGCAAAGGGGGCUGUUUCACAUAUAUUUGCUCCUCAAGAAAGCUCGAUAAAAGGGCUCAAUCACUGACUGAAGAAAUAUUUAAGCAAGGAGAAAAGUACACUAGUGCUAAUGAGAGUUUGGUCGUAGAUACUCCCUCAAUUGAGUAUUGGGCAACUGUAUUUAAAGAAAUGCAAGAGCAGCUGAAGCUUCGACAGAAAGACAUUAAGGCAAAAUUGGAGACUUCGCUUCUGCAGCCCAGAAAGAUGGCAAGCAAUGAAGUUAAAGACUGGAUGGAGAAAGCAAGCCAACAGAUUAACAUAAAGGUUGAAGAUCUGAGCAGCCAAGGGGAAUGUUCCUCUCCAUCCAACCUCUGGAAAAAAAUUGAAGAAUUGAAGCAAAUACUUGAGCAAGGAAAAGAAUUCACUAAUGCUGCUGUGAUUUUGGUCAUAGAUGAUCACUCAAUCAAAGGAUUUCCACUUCAAGUUGAAAAAUGUAGUGGCAGGGAUGAUAUACAAGAAAAAAUUCUGGAAUGGUUGAAGGGAGACAAGGUUGCAAGAAUUGCAGUUUCGGGAAUGGGUGGUGUGGGCAAGACAACAAUUAUGAAGAAUCAAAAAAAGAAGUUUUAUAUUCUGAAGUUUCUGAAAGAGAUUGCAAGUAGCUUGAAAUUAGAACCAAAUUCAGAUCAUGAGAAUGAAACCAAGCUUGCUGCAUUGAUUUCACAAAGGCUGGGGCAGGGCAGCUUCCUGCUAAUUCUAGAUGAUGUGUGGGAGCCUUUUUCUCUAGAAGAUGUUGGAAUUUCUAAUCCAGUUGGAAAUAAUGGUUGCAAGUUAGUGCUCACAACACGGUCAAAAGAUGUUGCUCGUGCAAUGGAUUGUAAUGUGAUCCAUGUGAACCCUCUUCCACCUGAAGAAGCAUUAGAAUUAUUCUCGGAGAAAAUUGGAAGUGAUGUGUUUUCAGAUGGCAAAAUUAAAAGAGAUAUAGAGCCAUUUUUGAAGCAAAUUUUGCAGAAAUGUGAUGGAGUACCCCUUGCUAUUGUGACAGUGGCAAAAUCAAUGAAAGGGAAAUUACUUCCUCGUCAUUGGAAGUUGGCACUUUCUGAAUUCAAUGAUGAAAUCAGAAAGAAGGAGUUAAUUGAGUAUUGGAUUGAGGAGGGGCUUAUAUAUGAAGAAGGGAAAACUAGGGAGGCAAUGAAUUGGAAGGGUCAUGAUAUACUCGAUAAGCUAGUUAACAACUGCUUGUUGCAAUCGGUUAAAAAAGAAGAAUGUGUGAGUAUGCAUGAUCUUCUCCGAGAAAUGGCACUGGGAAUCAGUCCUCAAUUCUUGGUGAAAGCCGGCAAAGCCUUGGAGAAGUUACCAGAGGAGCAUGAAUGGAGAGAAAAUCUUUGGAAGGUUUCUUUAAUGAGGAAUCACAUAACACAAAUUCCUUCAAGCAUGCCGUCUCCAAAGUGUCCUAUGCUCACAACCUUGCUGUUGUCUGAUAAUAAGAUUUCAACAAUUCCAGAAGCUUUUUUUGAGCAUAUGCUUGGGCUCAAGAUUGUUGAUCUUUCCAGGAAUCAUCAGCUAAGUAGGCUGCCGAGUUCUAUCUCCAAAUUGGAGAAGCUUACUACAUUAUUGCUAUGUGGAUGUAAUUUCUUAAGAGAGGUACCAACAUUAUCCAACCUUGUAGGGUUAAAGAAGUUAGACCUUUCCUGGACAUCAAUUGAAGAACUACCGCAAGGCCUCAACUUGUUAACAAAUCUAAAAUACCUUGGUCUUGGUGGAAGAUUAUCUGAAACACUUGAUGAACCGCUACAAAAUCUCUCCAAACUUCAGCAUUUACUAGUAACUGCCAAUCGCCAUGCCAAAACAGAAUUUAAAUGGGAGACGAUUGGAAUUUGGGGGAAGCUUCAAAACCUUGAGAAGCUGGAACUUGAUUAUUUGCAUAACUUGAAUAUGGUGUUUGGGGAAGUAGGAGCAAUUGUUGAGUCAGCAUCGCUACCAGCUGGCACAUUUUCCUCUCUUCAAUAUAUUAGUGUUUGGCGAUGUAAUAAAAUAAAGAAGUUAUUCUCGGUUACGUGGCAAGGAUAUCUCCAGAAACUACAGACUGUUGAGGUUGAGGAUUGUGAGCAACUGGAGGAGAUAAUAGGGUCUGAAUCUAAAGAAGGAGAAAAAGUCACUUUACCCAACUUAGAAAGGUUGGAAUUGACAAAGAGUGUUUUUUGGUCCGAGUUCAACUCACUUCCAAAUCUUGAAUAUCUGGAACUUACCAAUUUAAAGGAUCUGAAAUCUGUGUUUGAUGAAGAAGGUCUUGGUUUAUCGCCACGUGUACCUCCCACAAGCUUUUUCUCUCUUAAAGAAAUUAGGGUUGAAGAAUGUGAUCAAUUAAAGAAGGAGCUGGUAUCGUCAUCGGCACAUGAAGAAGAAAAAGUCACUCUACCCAAGUUAGAAAGGUUGGAAUUGACAAAAUUGCCCUUAUUGAAGACCAUCUAUAGAGGUCCUUUGAUUUGUGAUUCCAUCAAGAAGAUUGAAAUUUUUGAUUGUGAAAAUAUAGAGAGUGUUUUUUGGUCCGGGUUCAACCCACUUCCAAAUCUUGAAUAUCUGGAACUUACCUAUUUAAAGGAUCUGAAAUCUGUGUUUGAUGAAGAAGGUCUUGGUUUAUCGCCAUGUGUACCUCUCACAAGCUUUUUCUCUCUUAAAGAAAUUAAGGUUGAAGAUUGUGAUCAAUUAAAGAAGGUAUUCUCAUCUGGAUGGUUGCUCCACUACUUCCAAUCCCUAAAGACUAUUGAGGUUAAAUGGUGUUCGCAAAUGGAGGAGCUGAUAUCGUCAUCGGCACAUGAAGAAGAAAAAGUCACUCUACCCAAGUUAGAAAGGUUGGAAUUGACAAGAUUGCCCUUAUUGAAGAGCAUCUGCAGCAGCUCCAGUGUGUUGAUUUGCGAUUCCAUCCAGAGUCUGACGAUUUCUGAGUGUGAGAAGCUAAAGAGGAUUCCUCUGAAUUUUCCCUUGCUUGAUAAUACCCAAUCAUCUCAUCCUCCUUCCCUCAAAGAAAUUGUGGUAUUCCCAAAAGAAUGGUGGGAAUCAUUGGAAUGGGACCAUCCCAAUGCAAAAGACAUCCUUUUCCCCUUCUGUAAAGUUUGGAAAAGUUGGUGAUAGGGCGCACCGCAAAUGUAAGCCUUUUAAUCUUCAAUUUUCCAUUUUUGAUUCAACUCAGUAUGAAUUUUCCAUUCUUAAUAAAUCUCUCUCUCUCUCUCAUCUAUUCUUGUCUCCCCCAUUGGCAGCAAUUGGGAUUCGGCUUGGUAAUCACAAGAAAGUUGGAGGAAAUCACAUAUGCACUAGUUGCUGUUGCUAUUGGGUUUUCAAUGUAAUAUAAUCUUUGUUUUUCUUUUGCUGUGUGUGUUGUGUUUAAAUAUGUCCAAUUUUAAGUGGAAAACUGGAAAUGUUUGUUUCUUUAUUAUCUGUGUAAUGUUGUCUUUGAAAUUGUGUGGGAAAAAGACUUGAAACUGUAUUUGCUUUUCUUGUCAUAUGUAUUUCAAUUUAUUGCAUUUGCAUAUCUCCUCAAAUUUCAUUCAGCAACAUUAUCAUCAUCCACAAAAACCGAGACUUACUUUCAUCAACAAUAGCAGCACACUCUGUUACUUUAUAUUCUCAGAAUUGUCCAAGGACUAGCAUUCGGACCUAUUUGUAUGGAUAAUAAUUCUUGAGUGUUAUUUUAUGCAUGGGAUUUAAUCAUCAGUGAUCUUUCACAGGAAAGUGAAACGGAUUUCCAAAAGGAAGGGUUGGGUGUCAAGAAUAUGGAUGCCUCUUUAUAGAGUGCAGUGCAAAGACUUGAGUGAAUGUAGAACAAUGCUAUGACGAGCUUGUCUUAAAGGUAACUAAAAUCCAGUGUACUUU